CUAAUUCUCUUCAGACCUGCAAGAAACAAAAAAAAGCAACAAAACUACCACUAAAAAAAGAAAAAAAACCUUUCAGGUCUCAACUAGAAAUGGAGAUGAAGACGAUUGCCUGUGGAGUUCUUUUCGCUGCUGCUUCUAUGACCACCGUCAUGGCCACAGAUGUUGGAGCUCCGGCACCAGGACCCGCCGCAAGUGGAGCCUCCGUAGCCGUACCGGCUCUUGGCUCUUUGGUUGGAGCUUCCCUUGUGUCUCUCUUCACCUACUACUUAAACUAAAUAAGGUUAUACAAAAAAAAACAAUUGAUGUUUCUAUCAAUUUAUACUAUCUCACGGUUUUGUACGUGUAGGCAAAGUGAAUAAGACGGAAGACGAAAUAAUUUGAUUAUGAUCAGACAAUUUUUAUGUAAUACAUGCUGAUUAUAAAAAUAUAUAACGUGUUCUUCUC